ACUUGACAUUGCAAUUUGUUUACUGAUUCAACUGUAUUUAUACCAUAAAGCAAAUAAAAUACUUACUUUACUUGCUCUAUGAUUUAUACAAAUUCUUCACAACUUUCUGAAAAAUAUUUACCUCCCUAAGUACUGUGUUUUAAUUAAAUUUGCACAUAUUACACUUUGCUAACCUAUAAAAGUUUGAUGGUAAACAAUUGAGCAUUAAGUACGGGAAAAUGGACAGUGUCCUAGCAAUUUCGGAAAAUUGCUUGUCUUCAGACCUUUUACAAAUGGACCUCUUAUUUGAGAGCCUGAAAAUGAGCUCAUCGCAAGCGGCUCCGAAAUACACCAUCCAGCAGCUGGAUGAAACCCAUUUCGAGCUCAUUACCUGUGAAACUGAUCGAACUUACAGUUUACACCUAACAGAGCAGCAGGCAGAAAUAGUGGAUUUCGAGCAUUCGAAUAAGGUCCCGGUCAUUAGCAGCGUCCAGAAAGACUCAGUCAUUCAGUACUCAGCAAGAUCAGUUUUAAAGUCUGCCAACUCAAACCAGGACGCACCCAAAACUCACAGACCACCGGUAGAUUCUGACGACGCAGUUUAUUACGCCUGCUGCGCUAUUCAGUUUGAUGGUUUGCCCGCUUUUCGAGAACAUUUAAAGUUGCAUGUGGCGGAGGAAAAAUUCGGUUGCCCUCAAUGCCACGCACGCUUUUUGACAGAAAACAACAUGAAAAUUCACAUGGUCACGAAGCACCCGGGCAAUUCCAAUGUAUGCCCCAUAUGCCAGAAAUCGUUCCAUCGAAAGGCCAGCUUGAAAGCUCACGUGCAAAUCCAUCAAGAGGAGGAAAUGUACCCGUGCGCACGAUGUUGCGAAGAGUUACCAAGUUACGAUGCACUCUUGAAGCAUAUGGAGCGUCAUGCAGUCAUAAAGAAACCAAUAGACCCACUAAUGUGCCGCUAUUGUAAAAUCCAAUUGGAAACGCCUGCACAGUAUCAAAAACAUUUAGCCACCCACAAGGACAAGAGGAAAAACGGUCAUAAAAACCGAAAGACUAAAAAGAAACGCACAGGAAACCAUCGCAAAAAGCUGAUAUGCCGGUUUUGUACGAAAGUGUUUCCAAAGUUCUACCUGUUGGAGCGCCAUGAAAGAGUGCACACAGGCGAAAAGCCGUUUAAGUGUCACAUUUGCCAUAAAGGAUUCGCGCAAAGCAACUCGUUGAAGCUACAUCUGGACAAACACAAAGGCUUAAAACCCCAUAGUUGUCCGCUCUGCCCGGCGAAAUUCACUCAGAAAGGAAAUCUUACCGCUCACAUAAAUAAAACUCACAACUCUCCGCAUGAGAACAACGAAAACUAUAGAUGCCCCCAGUGUUCGUGUAUGUUCAAAAGAGUCUCAUCCUUGAACGGCCAUAUCACUAAAGCCCAUGUGGAUACUGGGAAUGAGACGCCUAAAGAGCAAACGGACCCGCAAAGCGUCAUCGACAAAGUCGUCAGCGGUUUAAAGGAGUUGAAUAAUGACCCCAACCGAUCUGUGUCCAAGCAGGACAAGGCGAAAAUGCCCGAAGUCGAUUUAGCAGAAAACCAGGGGGAUAACGGCAUUCGCCGUUAUGCGAUCCGACAUGAAAAAAUCGGCGAUGUUCGAUGGUAUUUUUGCAAUUAUUGCUCCAGCCGAUUUAAGAAACCCUCGGAUCUCAUCAGGCACUUUAGAACGCAUACUUUGGAGAAGCCCUUUAAGUGCCCAAAGUGCGAGCAAACAUUUUCCUUAAAAACCACUUUAACGCACCACUUCAAAAUCCAGCACUCACCACUAGAAGUUGAAUGCAGCACGACUGAGAGUUGUCAAGCGCCAGCAGCAGACCAGGAAGUAGUCAGAACUGACUAUCUCUGCUUGGUAUGUGAAAGGCGUUUUCCAACCAUCGAGGAAAGUAAAGCGCACGGCUUGGAGCAUGAAAACGAGUUUCAAACCAGUGACAACAGCUUCGAGUCCAUUUCCGGAAAUUUAGCGCUUCCAUCUGCACGCUCGGCGCCCAGUGCCGUGGCUAAUGAAACCGCCCAGGAAAACGCGCUGCUUUGCAAAAUAUGCGGUUUUAAAUGUUCCGGAAUAAACAGCUUGGCAAGCCACGUGAUGCAGCACAAUGACGACAAAAACUCUAAUAACACAGCGCGUCCACAGGAAUCCGAGCGAAAAACGCAGGGGAACAUCCACGUUAAAAUUUCGAAAUUCAAAUGCUCGACUUGCGGCAAAAUAUUUAAAAGUUUGGCACUGUUGACCACUCACUGCGCCAUUCACAGGCGAGCGAAGCCCACUCACAAGUGUCCCUGCUGUGGCAAAGCUUUUAAGACCGCUGGUCGCUAUCGGGCACACAUGAAAAAGAGUCAUCCGCAAAAAGAAUUGUCCUUUGUUAAGCAGCCAGAUAAGUUAGCCAACGGUGCUCAGAGCACUGCUGACUCAGCAGCGAGCAAUGGAACACUUCUGAGCGUCGUCUCAGAAGAGCAAGGCUCUAAUGCGCCUACCCAAUUGCCAGCAGACUAUAACAUGAUGUGCUUUAAUAUUAGUGGCAAUGAGAUUUUGAGCCAGAGCAGCCUGAUUCCGAAUAUAAACCUUUAUAAUUCGCUGGACAGUUUGCAAGAUUCCGCCACUGUUUUCUUUAACAUUGACCCAGGUAAACCCGACAUGGUGGAUCCUAACGAAGUACUGAAGUAUAAUAAAUUGGACAAACCUCAGUUGUCUGAAACCGCCUCAGAACCUGCUCAAUCUGAUACUCUACUUGAAUCCGAUGCCCAAGACCUUUACACCGUGAAUCUGAGCGAUAUACCCAUCAGCAUUAUCAGCUCUUCAGAAGAAUUGGAUAGCGACAUAAUAUCCAACUCGCCAGUGCUUUGCAUUAAUUGCCACAAACUGUUCUCCAGUUGCGCGCUAUUCGAAAAUCACAUCUGCUCAGAGGAACGAACUGCUGCAGAACAGAACAACUUGGAAUUGAUUAUUCAGGAUGGAACAACUCAUACAGUCAAAAGCCAGAUUUUCAGCGAAACUGGUUCUGUGAACAACGUGCCAGUUAUCCAAUCUCCUGCAGUGGUGAAAAAGAUGCCCGAAAUAAUUUUCGAAUGCCCAACGUUCAGCAUGCCGACGCCAGAUCAAAUCGUGGGCAAUUUGCCCGGCGGUACAAUAAAGUCUCAACUUCAGCACUAUGUCGACGAUGUGGAAGAAGCCCCGCAGAUAUACUGCAAACAUUGCAAAUCGGCCAUGCAAUCAGAAGAACAGUAUCGUAAACACUUGUUUCUGCACCCAGAUCUGGCUGACAAGAUCUGCAAAUACUGUUGCCGCGAUUUUAAGAAGCCUUCCGAUCUGAAACGACACCUGAGGACGCACACGGGCGAGAAACCCUUCGAAUGCGACACUUGCCAUAAGAAGUUUUCGCUUAAAGCCACGCUACAGGGGCAUAUUAGGACCCACAAUAUUGCAGAAGUCCCGAAAAUCACCUGCAAUGUUUGCAACACGAACUUCACCACCAAAUCCUCCCUCAAACUGCAUAUGCUGAAGCAUACAGGUGCCAAGCCUUAUGCGUGCCAGUACUGCGAGCAGACCUUUCGUACCAUAGGAACACGAAAAACCCAUCAGAAAAAUCAUUUAAAUAAUCAGAAAGUUGCUGAAGAUCCUGCGAAACUGGCAGGCGUUAAACUGAUUAAGUACUUGGCUGAGCAGAUGGAAAGCAAUGAUUUGAGUAAAGGUCCACAAACCGUAGAUAAGGAGCCCGUAGUGCUAGUUGACUCUCAACAGCUUAAUUGGGUCCCGAUGGAGUCCACUGAGCUUUUUCAGCAGCUGCAGCCGUAUGGCUUUAUUAUCAGCUCAGAAGCUGAGUCGAACGUAUCACGAACGGCGGACGAUUUAGCAGCACUUGAUGUAAAUAGUGAGCUUCAGUUGAGUUCAACAAAAUUGCCAGAUAUUCAAGUUGAAGACCAAAAGACAGAAAAACGCUCCCAGAAGAAACAAGAACGAAAGCAAAGGGUGGAAUGUGACGUUUGCCAUAAAUUGUACUCAUCGAAAGACGUUCUACGGAAGCACAAAAAAUGCCUGCACGGACAAAACAAGAAAUUUCCCUGUAUAAAAUGUGAUAAAGGCUACGAUCAGCUAGAUGAUUUGCACAAGCAUAUAUCGAAGUUACAUUCAGGCCAUCGGCCUUACACCUGCGACUAUUGCUUGAACAGUUUUGGAGAGGAGGGUAGCUUGAAGACGCACAUUAAGAGGAUGCAUCAAAAAUGCCCCGUGCCAGAAGAGACUGACAGUGCGAUUUUGGAGCUCGAGUACGACUUCUCUUCGCAGUAUCCUUAAAAUUGUGGCAUCUUAAUCCGAAGCUAUAACUUCUGUGGUACAUUAAAAAUAUAUAUUUUUUAUUAUUUA